AUGUCUGACAACGGCAGCAAUUUGUCCAGACGGUCCUCCUCCCAGACCUCACACUCUUCUGCAACUGCCGAGCACAAAAAGCCAAAGACAUUGCGCGGGCUACCGAAAAGACAUGGCUCCAAGGCCUCCGCCAGGUCAUUCGAAGAUGAUGAUCCGGCCUUGACUUCCUUCCCAUCAUUCUCCCCUGAGCCGGAACAGAAAUCUUCAAGCGUUAUCCAAGAGGUGGUAUCCCAACCGCUAAGGACGGUAUCACAAAGGGCGCGGGAUAGAAAGGCUACUUUGGCCGGUUUGACGAACGCAUCGCCAUCAUUCAACAAACAGAAUGCUCUCUUUGAUGACUCUCCACGCUCUUCACUCGAUAUUCCGGGCUCUCUGCAUCUGGCUAGUGAUGGACAUAUUGAACGGCUAAUCAGCAAAACUGGGGCAGUCAAGCUGAUCCGGCAGUAUGCCUCAGAUCUGGCUCAGAGGGAUGCCGAAAUCUCGGCGCUGCGGAUCCGCGCAGACAACAGGGAGCGAGAGUUGAAGCGAUUACUACGAGAAGCUAGUGUCUCAACACCUGAGGUCGAGAAGAGAUUAUUGCGACUGGAGCAGGGGUUUCCUGGUCCAGAAAAUCAAAGCCUCUCUGGCUCAUCUGACCACAUAACAUCCGUGAUCACUUUGGAUGGGAUGAUGAGCGAAGCCAUGGAGGAGGGUAUCCUCGUCAACAGCCCUGUCGAUGAGCCCUUCUCAGCGGAUCUGACCCGAGAUGGGCCGGAUCCAAAUUUCUCGCAAGUCGACAAUAAUCAGGGCGGUCGUAGUAGAGCUACGUCCACGGCGUCCACGCAGCUCAAAGGCAGCAGAACUCCAAGCCGAGCGAACAGCUCAAUCAGUGAAAACAGUCAAGAUAUGGACGCCACCCUCCGGCCAAAAGUCAGUGGCAUCAAUCCAACGAAGCUAUCAGGACUCCAGAGUAUCUUCCAGCCACCUUCACAAACCACCAGCUAUUUCAUAGGAGGGAAGUCGUUGAGAAAACCUAAGCUUGGUGAUGAGAUUAGUGUACGCUCAAACCAGUCAGCUCGUUCUUUUACUUCCUGGACACAGAUAUUCAGUGGGAAGACACAGCCGGGCCGAUCCAGGGCUUCAUCACUAGGACAAGAUGCCAAUGGUAAUGCAGCGCUGCCUACUGAUGCAGAAGCGUCGCUUUCAAGCUUAUCGAAAAUCAAAACCCAGGUCGCUGGAAAAUCGUCAGCGUCCCUACCUGCCUCGGACAAUGCCAAAAUGCGCCCUCCACCUAGGCGUGCCCCAACCCCAAACAGACUCAAUACUAGUCCAAAUCACGUCCGAAAAGAGUCGAAUGCAAGCAACCUCCCUCCUACUGUGGAGCUGGACUCUAUGAUUGAAAGCUCACAACUUCCACCGACCAUGACGAGCCAAUAUGAUGACAAACAUGGGCUAUUGACGGACAGGUACGGGUUUAUCUUCGACCAAUACCGUCGAAAACGAGAAAAUCUGCAGGUUCGGGUCCAUAAAAAGAACAAGAUGAGCAACACCGAGACCUUGGCUAAUCUCAGGGCUGGAAGUCCGGGAUCCGAAGACGUAUUCUCAGACAGGCCCUCUACUCCUGCCUCAGUUGAUGACGAAACACCCAAGAAAGCGUGGUCUGACUAUCUCAAAGUGCCGGGUGCAUUAUCGUCUGGCAGACCCAAGGAGUUGCUGUCACAUACUCCGUCCGCUGGCGCUGUUGUUACUGUCAGCACUGCCGAUGGAGUUACUCCUACUACGCCACCACAUAGAAGUAGAGAGGCGUCUAUCUCGGUCAAUUUAUCCACACAAAAAGCCAUGCCGACCACCAGCGUCGUGGUCGAACCACAACAUUCUGCCAUCACGGCCACAUCGUCAGACUUGACGGCUGAUUCCGAGAAUGACACCUACAACGACUCUGGCCCAACUAAAAUUCUACUAGAUCAACUGAGAGAUCUUCACGAUGCCUUGCAAACGGAAAGAAGUGCACGAUGGAACGAUUUUCUUCGUCGAGUAAGAGCUGAAAGAGCCAGUAAUACCGAUCGUGGAGCCAACAACCCCCCCGAAGCAGAGCUCCUCAAUGGCGAACUUAUUGGGAUCGCAACUCUGGGGCGCUCAAAGCAGACCAGAAACAAAUACUUGCACUUCAAAUCGCUGGUUCUUGCUGGCAUUCCGGUGUCACUUCGACCAAAGAUAUGGGCUGAGUGUUCUGGUGCAACCGCGCUGCGAAAUCCCGGCUACUACGAGGAUCUGGUUGCCCGUUCCCAAGACGGCACUGACGUAGACCCGGACAUCGCUAGUCAGAUUAAGGCGGAUGUUAGGCGUACACUGACUGACAAUGUAUUCUUCCGUCACGGUCCUGGAGUUCAACGACUCGAAGAAUUGCUGAGAGCAUAUUCACUUCACAAUCCCCGUAUUGGUUACUGCCAAGGCAUGAACCUUAUCACGGCGUCUCUUCUACUCAUCUGCGCUACGGCCGAAGAUUGUUUCUGGCUCCUCGUCGCCAUCAUUGAUGUCAUUCUGCCCAGUCAAUACUUCAGUUCGACGUUGCUAGUUGCACGAGCAGAUCAAAUCGUUCUCCGUCAAUAUGUUACCGAGAUACUACCGAGGCUCAGUGCUAAACUGGAAGAACUCGACGUCGAUCUCGAGGCGCUUACAUUUCACUGGUUCUUGUCCCUCUACACAGGGGUCCUCACCGGUGGUGAGGCCUUGUAUCGUGUAUGGGACGUUAUCCUUUGCUUAAACAGCUCUGACGCCUUGCCCUAUGGAUUUGAUCAACCGAAGAACCUGACGGUUGAAGUCCCUGGUCUCGGGCGCAGCCAGCCGUCUACCCCGGUGACACCGGCCAUGCCUGAGUCGAAUGCGGAUAACGAACACGACGGGACUAGUUCUCCCUUUCUGUUUCAACUGGCGCUGGCGCUACUGAAACUAAACGAGAAUUCCAUCCUUGCACUUGACUCUGCGGCUCAAGUGUAUACGUAUAUCAAUCACAACAUGACGAACCAUGCGAUAAGUAUCGAUGCGUUGAUUCAAGCUAGUGAAGGCCUCCGAGUGAAGGUGAAGAGGAACGAAGUGCUUGAACGCAGGAAAGCGGCUAUUAAAGAACUUGGUGCUUGA